AUGAGGAUGAGGAGCUUUGUUUUUUGGGCAGCCGUUUUUUUCGUCGCAGCUUUUGGUAUGUUUUACUGUGGUUUAUUGAAUGGUAUUUACGAGCAUAGAACAGUCAUUUUACUUAACAAUUUCUUUGUUCUAGAUUAACAUGUUAUUAUAGGUUUAUCAAUUCUUUAGAUUUAUUGAUUGCGGAUUGACGCAUUAUUGUUUUUAGCACAGGAGGAGUCUCCAGAAAUAGAAGGUGAUGUUUUAUACAUGGAUACAACUGAGUCCACUCCAACCACACCUACUACCCCUACAACUCCGACUACGCCCACCACUCCUACGACUCCAACGACGCCGACAACUCCCACCACACCCACGACUCCAACCACUCCUACAACUCCAACCACGCCCACGACUCCAACUACACCAACUACCCCAACGACUCCUACUACCCCCACGACUCCAACUACUCCUACAACCCCAACCACGCCAACCACACCAACCACUCCUACUACUCCAACUACACCCACUACCCCAACCACACCAACUACUCCUACUACACCAACUACACCUACAACUCCAACAACUCCUACUACUCCCACGACUCCAACCACCCCAACUACGCCUACUACCCCAACAACGCCAACAACACCAACUACACCUACGACUCCAACCACCCCAACCACUCCAACUACACCCACGACUCCUACUACACCAACUACCCCCACAACGCCCACUACCCCAACGACCCCUACUACACCUACUACACCAACUACGCCUACCACUCCAACAACCCCAACUACUCCCACUACACCAACUACACCUACAACCCCAACCACGCCCACGACCCCAACGACUCCAACGACGCCUACCACGCCAACUACACCUACGACUCCCACAACUCCUACUACGCCCACGACCCCUACUACACCAACUACUCCCACCACCCCAACCACGCCAACCACUCCAACAACGCCUACUACUCCCACCACACCUACUACCCCUACGACACCCACAACUCCAACUACACCAACGACACCCACAACUCCUACGACCCCAACUACGCCUACAACCCCAACAACUCCCACCACACCUACAACCCCAACUACCCCCACCACACCCACAACACCAACGACUCCAACCACACCGACUACACCUACUACUCCAACAACCCCAACUACUCCUACGACUCCGACAACGCCUACCACGCCAACCACUCCUACAACGCCAACAACUCCAACAACACCAACCACACCAACUACCCCUACCACACCCACUACUCCAACUACACCUACUACUCCAACCACUCCUACAACGCCAACAACUCCAACAACACCAACCACACCAACUACCCCUACCACACCCACUACUCCAACUACACCUACCACGCCAACCACUCCUACAACGCCAACAACUCCAACAACACCAACCACACCAACUACCCCUACCACACCCACUACUCCAACUACACCUACUACUCCAACCACUCCUACGACUCCGACAACACCAACUACCCCUACCACGCCAACCACUCCUACCACACCUACUACGCCUACUACACCAACAACUCCCACUACUCCAACAACACCAACUACUCCAACGACUCCAACAACACCAACUACCCCUACCACACCCACUACUCCAACCACUCCGACAACUCCAACGACUCCAACUACAGCUUCAGGUAAGAUCCAAAAAAAAUUCUGAAUACUUUCUAAAUUUUCAGUUAUGUGCGUCGAUGGAGCCACAAACUGUGCUCAGUUUAUCAGCCAAUGUUCCACAGCGAAGAUGCAAGAGUACUGUAAAAACACUUGUGGACUUUGUGCUUCCACUGCUCCUCCUGUUACUGAAGGUACUGUUUCGGACUACCUCAAUAUAUAGACUGUUUAUAACAGACUCAAACUUGAUUAUUAUUGGUACUUUUGUACCACAGUAACAAUGAUAAGGGAGUGACAUGCCCUUGACAAAAAUAUGUCUUCAAUACUGUAAUUUCAGCUUGCGAUGACGGAGCUACCAACUGUGCUCAAUUUAUUAGCGAAUGUGCUACAGCCAAGAUGCAGACCUACUGUAAGAACACUUGUGGACUGUGCGGACAAUCUCCAAGCACAGCACCACCAUGUGACGACGGAGCCACAAACUGUGCCCAAUUCAAGUCACAAUGUGGUACCGCCAAGAUGCAGGAGUACUGUAAGAACACUUGUGGACUGUGUUAA